AUGGCGGAGGACGCGGCGCAUCGGCGCGUCGGUGUUUUGAGCGCGCACGUCGGCGGUGCGGGGGCGGGUGAGGGCGAUGCGGUGAGAUUGGCGCCGCACGGUGGUCGAGGCGUGUUGCGAUGCACGGAUAGUCGAACGGGGAAGACGUACGAGGUGAUGAUCGACGACGACGGGAGCGUGGAUGCGAGCGCAUUUAAGAAGAUCAUCGCGGGAGGAGACGGGCGGGGUUUGGUGCUGUACGAUCCGGGAUACAUGAACACGGCGCCGUGUAAGAGUAAGAUAUCGUACAUCGACGGCGAUAAGGGGGUGCUGAGGUACCGCGGGUACCCGAUCGAGACGUUGGCGGAGCGGUCGACGUAUCUGGAGACGGCGUUCGCGUUGGUGUACGGAGAUUUACCGAACGCGAGUCAGUUGAUGGAGUGGGAGCGCACGAUAGCGAGGCACAGUGCGUUGCCGGUGCAGGUGGUGCACGCGAUCGAGGCGCUGCCGCACGACGCGCACCCGAUGGCUGUUAUGCUUGCGGGUUUGAACUCGUUGAGCGCGAUGCAUCCAGAGCAGAACCCCGCGAUAGCGGGCGGUGGGAUCUAUGACUCGCACGCGGUGCAGGACAAGCAAAUCGUGCGAAUCAUCGGAAAGAUGACCACGCUCGCGGCGCACGCGUAUCAUCGGAACACUGGUCGGUUGCCCGCCGCGCCGAACACACGGAUGUCUUACGCUGAGAAUUUCCUGUACAUGCUCGACGCCGGUUUAGACAGUCGCCAUAAGCCCCAUCCAAAGCUCGCCAAGGCGUUGGACGUCAUGUUCUUGCUACACGCCGAACACGAGAUGAACUGCAGCACGGCAGCGUGCAGACACCUGGCGUCGAGCGGGGUGGAUGUUUUUUGUGCCGUCGCCGGCGCCGUGGGCGCCCUGUACGGCCCGCUCCACGGCGGCGCCAACGAGGCGGUUUUGAAGAUGCUCGAGCGCAUCGGGACCGUCGAGAACAUCCCGAGCUUCUUGCAAGGGGUGAAGGAAAAGAAGUACGUCAUGUUUGGCUUCGGUCAUCGGGUGUACAAGAACUUUGAUCCUCGCGCGAAGAUCAUCCGCCAAAUUGCCAACGACGUCUUCGAUCUCGUCGGACGCGAUCCCUUGAUCGACGUCGCGAUCGAGCUCGAGAAGGCGGCGCGCGCGGAUGAGUACUUCGUCAAACGUAAGCUUUAUCCCAACGUGGACUUUUACAGCGGUCUGGUAUAUCGCGCCAUGGGAUUCCCUCCCGAGUUUUUCACCGUACUCUUCGCGAUUCCGCGCGCCACCGGGUACCUGGCGCACUGGCGCGAGAGUCUGACGGAUCCGGACAAGAAGAUCAUGCGUCCACAGCAAGUGUACCAGGGCGAGUGGUUGCGAGAUUACGAACCCAUCGGUGGGCGCUCGAAGUCGCUCACGGACGCUAUGGACCACCUUUCGCCAUCCAACGCCGCUCGACGUCGCAUGGCGGGAGACCCGCCCGCGGGAUCAGCUUGGAAAGGGAUCGAGAUGAGCACCAAGGCGUGGGAAUCCGGUGCGAGUGUGGGAGAUGCGACAAGCGGGCUGGAACACUACAUCGUUCGGAAAUGA